CCCCCCUCCUGGCCAGGAGGAGGGAGGGAGGCAGCUUCCUCCACUGGCCGCUGCUAUUUAUGAUCCUCCGACUUCUGCUGCACUUUGCGAUCCGCCAACCUGUCCGCUGGUCGUCAGAUCAUCACAACUCAGACAUGUUCCUCCAUGUUUUCCUGCUAAGUGCUGUGACGGCUCCAGCUUCCGCCGCCACCCGUAAGCUGCAGACCAACCUGACCUGCUUCAGGUCCUCGGAUCCAGCAGCCGUGAUCGCUACGCAGCUCCACGGUAACCAUGACGACCAGAGGUUCCUGUGGACGAAGGAUCCAGAUUCCGCUCUUCUUCCUCAGUGCUCCUCUUCCUCUUUCUCCCCUCCUGCGUCCCGCUGUGAGGUCUGUCAUCUCGGGCAGGUCUUCAUCAUCUGCGCCGACCUGCCGGAUGGAGCCGUUCUGUACCUGGAGCGACCCGGAGUCCCUUACCGGACCGAGCGGAGCGCCUGCCCGCUGCCGCCCGCUGCUGUUGAGCCUCCCGCAGUUCUGGAUGAACCCAGACUGCCCCCUGCUGAUGAGAACACAAGAAAUCACUUUGCUGCUGUCGCCUCUCUGAUCCUCCUCAUCCUCAUCCUCACUGCGGUGGCUCAUGGGUCGCAGCAGGACGGUUCUGGUGAAACAGCAGAACCUCCACAUGAUCUAGAGAUGGACAGCUGUCCUCCGUCCCAGCUGUCUGUCCUGGGACGGAGGACAGACAGCUGAAUGUUUGAAAUGGACCCUGACUCGGACCGAAACCUGGAGGAGCGACCGACCGCUGGCCAAACUGCCCCAACCUUCAGCAGAAAUCAGGUCAUCAGAUGAAGUUUUAUCAGAUGUCCUAAGGAAAAGGCUGAAGCUUCAGGGUAACUGGGCCUUUUCGGCGCCAGCACCAUGACUCUGGAACAGUUUUCCUCUGGGCCUUUGCUCCUUCUCUGACUCGGGCAUCUUCAAGCUUCAGCUCAAGACUUGUUUAGACAGGCUUUAGUAGCAGGUAGCAGAGCAGCAUUCCCUUAUGAUUAUUCCCUUAUUAUUGUGUUUUCUUACUCUUGUGAUGUGAAUGUUGCUGUGAAGUGCUUUGGUCAUCUUUAUUGGUUAAGUAUUAUAUAAAUCGAUCAAUCAAACAGGGUUUCCUGCAAACACGUGGAGUGAUGAAGAGAAGGUGUACAAGGCAAUGAAAUGAUGGACAUCAAUUUAAAUUUUAAAAUAUUUUAUUGAUCCCAAAGGGAAAUUAAAUGUUGUAACUCAUAUGAAUUCAAAUUCAAAUUAAUCUGCAAUGACCAUCUUCAGUUAUUAUAGAUGUCGAUGGCUGUUGGCAGGAAAGAUGUCUUGUAGCAGUCUGUGUAACAGUGAAAUGGAAGAAGCCUCUGAC